GUCACUCUUGUUCUUUCUUGAGUUCAACAGAACAAACAUUUUCCCCGAGGGAGGCUCGUCCGGGAGGGAGGUACAGUGAUAGCUGCUUACUUUUUGCCGGAGCUUCACGCGCAGUCAGAGAGGAGUAGAAGCGACUGUUGAAAGCUAUCCACAGUGCCAGUAAGACGUAGCGAACUGAAACAGGUCAAACAAAAACGCUACAAAGAAGAACCAAGGAAUUGUAAAAUCCCGCAAGACUCCACCCUUAAAAUCUAGACAGCGAACUAGUGAGGGAGACCAGAGUCAAUAAAAAUGAGUAGUCAACACCCACGCCUCCACCAGUCGAGCGCGGCCGCCGCUCCCGUAUCCAACUCAGCUCAAGAGAAGGACGCCGACAUGCCAGCCACGGAGAAGGAUCUAGCCGAGGACGCACCAUGGAAGAAGAUCCAGCAAAACACCUUUACGCGAUGGUGCAACGAACAUCUUAAAUGUGUGAAUAAGAGAAUCGCGAACUUGCAGACGGAUCUGAGUGAUGGGCUCCGGCUGAUAGGGCUUCUUGAGGUGCUCAGCCAGAAGAAGAUGUUCCGCAAGUACAACCAGCGCCCGACGUUCAGGCAGAUGCAGUUGGAGAACGUCUCGGUGGCUUUAGAAUUCCUGGACAGGGAGAAUAUCAAACUUGUUUCCAUAGACAGUAAAGCCAUAGUGGACGGUAACCUAAAGCUGAUCCUGGGCCUGAUAUGGACGCUAAUUCUGCACUACUCCAUCUCCAUGCCCAUGUGGGACGAGGACGAGGAGACAGCGGACGACGGCAGGCAGAAGACUCCCAAGCAGAGGCUGCUGGGCUGGAUCCAGAACAAGCUGCCCGAGCUGCCCAUCACCAACUUCCACAGCGACUGGCAGUCCGGACGCGCCCUCGGGGCUCUGGUGGACAGCUGCGCCCCAGGCCUGUGUCCAGACUGGGACUCCUGGGACCAGACCAAGCCAGUGGACAACGCCAGGGAGGCCAUGCAACAGGCUGAUGACUGGCUGGGUGUGCCUCAGCUGAUGACCCCAGAGGAAAUUGUCAACCCCAAAGUGGACGAGCAUUCCGUCAUGACCUACCUGUCCCAGUUCCCCAAGUCCAAGCUGAAGCCUGGCGCCCCUCUUCGGCCCAAACUCAACCCAAAGAAGGCCCGUGCUUAUGGACCAGGUAUCGAGCCCACCGGCAAUGUGGUGAUGAAGAAAGGUAUUUUCACCGUGGAAACCAUCAGCGCUGGAAUGGGAGAGGUGCUUGUCUACGUAGAGGACCCUGCAGGCCAUCGCGAGGAGGCUAAAGUCACUGCCAACAAUGACAAGAACCGUACCUACUCAGUAUUCUAUGUCCCAAAAGUGACUGGAAUGCACAAGGUGACGGUGCUGUUUGCCGGCCAGCACAUAUCCAAGAGCCCCUUUGAGGUGGACGUGGGCAUGGCUCAGGGAGAUUCCAGCAAGGUCACUGCCCAGGGCCCAGGACUGGAGCCCUCUGGGAACAUCGCCAACAAGACCACCUACUUUGACGUCUACACUGCAGGUGCCGGUGUUGGUGAGGUGGAAGUGGUCAUCAUGGAUCCAAGUGGGAAGAAGGACACGGUGGAGUGUCAGAUCGAGGACAAGGGCAACAGCAGCUACCGCUGCAACUACAAGCCCACUCAGGAGGGCCAGCACACCAUCUACGUCACCUUUGCUGGUGGCCAGAUCUCCAAGAGCCCAUACACAGUCAACGUGGGAGAGGCUUGCAACCCAACUCUGGUGAGGGCUAAGGGCCGUGGCCUGCAGCCUAAGGGCCUGAGGAUUAAGGAGACUGCUGAGUUUAAGGUCUACACCAAGGGAGCUGGCACUGGAGACCUCAAAGUCACCAUCAAAGGACCUAAGGGUCUGGAGGAGCCCUGCAAGAAGAAGGACUUGGGAGAUGGAGCGUACAGCUUUGAGUAUUACCCCACCAACCCUGGAACCUACAGCAUCACCAUCACCUGGGGAGGCCAGCACAUCCCACGCAGCCCGUUCGAGGUGAAAGUGGGCGCGGAGGCUGGCCCACAGAUGGUGCGCGCCUGGGGUCCCGGACUGGAGGCCGGCGUUGUGGGAAAAUCUGCUGACUUUGUAGUGGAGGCAGUUGGAGAAGAUGUUGGCACACUUGGCUUUUCUGUGGAGGGACCAUCUCCUGCCAAGAUCGAGUGCGACGACAAAGGCGACGGCUCGUGCGAUGUGCGCUACUGGCCCACAGAACCCGGCGAGUACGCCGUGCACGUUCUGUGCCAGAGCGAGGACAUUCAGCACAGCCCCUUCAUGGCUGAGAUCCAACCGGCUCCUGGAAAAGACUUCUUCCCAGACAAGGUGAAAGCCUACGGCCCUGGUCUUCAAGCCAGCGGGUUGGCUGUGGGUAAGCCGGCAGAGUUCACCGUGGAUGCCAAGCAAGCUGGCAAAGCUCCACUGAAGAUCCAGGCCCAGGAUCGGGAUGGAAACCCAGUGGACGUGCAGGUCAAGGACAAUGGCAACGGCACCUACACCUGCACCUACACACCCCGCAAGCCCGUCAAACACACCGUCAUGGUGUCCUGGGGUGGUGUCAACAUUCCCGAGAGCCCAUUCAGGAUGAACAUUGGAGCUGGAUGCCACCCCAACAAAGUCAAGGUGUCCGGCCCUGGCAUUGCAAAGACUGGCCUGAAAGCGUUCGAGCCGACCUACUUCACUGUGGACUGUGCCGAGGCUGGCCAAGGUGAUAUCAGCAUUGGGAUCAAGUGUGCCCCAGGCGUGGUUGGACCGGCGGAGGCCGAUAUUGAGUUUGACAUCAUCCGUAAUGACAACGACACGUUCACUGUUAAAUACACGCCCCCUGGCGCUGGCAGCUACACCAUCAUGGUGCUGUUUGCUGAUCAGGCCAUUCCAAUGACCCCCAUCAGAAUUAAGGUGGAUCCUGCCCAUGAUGCCAGCAAGGUCAAGGCCGAGGGACCAGGCCUCAGCCGUAGUGGUGUUGAGCUGAACAAGCCCACGCACUUCACUGUGAACACCAAGGCAGCUGGGAAAGCCAAGCUGAACGCUCAGUUCACCGGCCCCAGCAAGGGAGAGGCUGUGCGGGACUUUGAGAUCAUCAACAACCAUGACAACACCCACACUGUCAAAUACACCCCCGUACAACAGGGUCAAAUGGGGGUGAACGUCACCUAUGGAGGAGACUCUAUUCCCAAGAGUCCCUUCAAUGUUGCUGUCGCUCCCUCUCUGGACCUCAGCAAGAUCAAGGUGUCUGGCCUGGGAGAAAAGAUGCCCGUCGGGAAAGACCAAGAUGUCACUGUCAAGUCAAAGGGUGCUGGCGGCCAGGGUAAGGUGGCGGCCAAAGUGACCGGCCCCUCUGGCAAGGCCGUCCCAUGCAAGGUGGAGCCGGGCCUGAGUCCCGAGACCAGCCAGGUGCGCUUCAUCCCCAGAGACAAGGGCCCCUACGAGGUGGAGCUCACCUACGACGGAGCCCCCAUCCCCGGCAGCCCCUUUGCUGUGGAGGCCGUGCCCCCCACAGAUGCAUCCAAGGUCCGUUGCUCAGGUCCUGGCCUGGAGAAAGGCAAGGUUGGCGAGACCGGUCAGUUCGUGGUGGACUGCACCAAUGCCGGCCCGGCUGAGCUGACCAUCGAGAUCAUCUCUGAUAACGGCACAGAGGCCGAGGUGCACAUCCAGGACAACGGCGACGGCACCUACACCAUCACCUACACUCCUCUGUACCCUGGAGCCUACACCCUCACCAUCCGCUACGGUGGCCAGGACGUGCCAAACUUCCCUGCCAAGCUCAAUGUGGAGCCAGCUGUGGAUUCCAGUGGUGUCAAGGUGUUUGGCCCUGGAGUGGAAGGCAAAGGUGUGUUCCGCGAGGCCACCACAGACUUCACUGUGGAUGCCCGUGCUCUGACCAAGUCUGGUGGCAAUCAUAUCAAGACCUGCAUCAACAACCCCUCUGGCCAGCAGACUGAUGCUCUGAUCCGGGAUCUGGGUGACGGCACCUACCAAGUGGAGUACACUCCUUAUGAAGAAGGCCCACACAGCGUGGCGGUCUCCUACGAUGAUUCCCCGGUGCCCAAGAGUCCAUUCCGUGUGCCCGUCACGGAGGGUUGCGACCCUGCCCGCGUGCGCGUUCAUGGCCCUGGGUUGAAGAGUGGCAUCACCAACAAGGCCAACAAGUUCACCGUGGAGACCCGUGGUGCUGGUACAGGAGGUCUGGGCCUGGCAGUGGAGGGACCCUCCGAGGCCAAGAUGUCCUGUGUGGAUAACAAAGAUGGCAGCUGCUCCGUGGAGUACGUUCCUUAUGAGCCAGGCACCUACAACCUGAACAUCACAUAUGGAGGCCAGCCAAUCACAGGAAGUCCCUUCUCUGUGCCUGUCUAUGACACUGUGGACGCCACGAAGGUCAAAUGCCAAGGUCAGGGAAUUGGAAACAAUGUGCGUGCCAACAUCCCACAAGUCUUCACUGUGGACGCCAGCAAGGCUGGUGUGGCUCCUGUGCAGGUCCGAGUACAGGGCCCCAAAGGCGUGGUUGAGCCAGUGGAGGUGGUUGAUAACGGCGAUCAGACACACUCUGUGAACUAUGUGCCGACCAGAGAGGGCCCAUACUCCAUCAACGUGCUCUAUGGGGAUGAGGAAGUCCCACGCAGUCCCUAUAAGGUGAAGGUUCUGCCCACCCAUGAUGCCAGUAAGGUUCGUGCCAGUGGACCUGGCCUCAACACCACUGGUGUGCCUGCCAGUCUGCCAGUGGAAUUCACCAUCGAUGCCAAGGAUGCAGGAGAGGGCCUGCUUGCUGUUCAGAUCACUGACCCAGAAGGGAAGCCCAAGAAGGCCAACAUCCGGGACAACCAGGAUGGAACCUACCUUGUGUCAUACGUGCCUGACAUGACCGGCCGCUAUACCAUCCUCAUUAAGUAUGGUGGAGACGAGAUCCCAUACUCCCCAUACCGCAUACGAGCCCUUCCCACUGGAGAUGCCAGCAAAUGCACCGUCACAGUCUCAAUUGGAGGUCACGGUUUGGGUGCUGGUGUUGGGCCCACCAUCCAGAUCGGAGAGCAGACCGUCAUCACUGUGGACGCAAAGGCUGCUGGGAAAGGCAAGGUCACCUGCACCGUGUGCACCCCCGAUGGAGCUGAGUUGGACGUCGAUGUUGUGGAGAACGAAGACGGAACAUUUGACAUCUUCUACACCGCCCCACAGCCCGGGAAGUACGUCAUCUGCGUGCGCUUCGGCGGAGAGCACAUCCCCAACAGCCCCUUCCAAGUCACGGCGUUGGACGGUGCCCCCACCGAGCAGCUUAUGCAGCAGACCCAGGUCCCGCAGUACGCCUACGUGCCCAACAUGGGCCAACCCUGGGCAACCGACAGGCCUAUGGGCAUGAAUGGUCUGGAUGUGGCCGGGCUGCGACCUUUCGACUUGGUCAUUCCAUUCACCAUCCAGAAGGGAGAAAUUACAGGCGACGUGCGAAUGCCAUCUGGGAAAGUGGCCAAGCCUGACAUCACAGAUAACAAGGACGGCACUGUGACCGUGAAAUAUGCCCCCACCGAGGCAGGCCUGCACGAGAUGGACAUCAAAUACGACGGCAUCCACAUCCCAGGAAGUCCACUUCAGUUCUAUGUGGACUAUGUCAACAGUGGUCACGUAACUGCUUAUGGCCCUGGGCUUAUCCAUGGCAUGGUCAACAAGCCUGCAGUCUUCACCGUCGACACCAAGGACGCUGGAGAAGGUGGUCUGUCUCUGGCCAUUGAGGGGCCCUCCAAGGCUGACAUCAGCUGCACUGACAACCAAGAUGGCACCUGCACCGUGUCCUAUUUGCCAGUGCUGUCAGGAGACUACAACAUCCUGGUCAAAUACAAUGACAAGCACAUUCCCGGCAGUCCUUUCGUAGCCAAGAUCACAGGUGAUGACUCCAUGCGCAUGUCUCAACUGAAGGUGGGCUCCGCUGCAGACAUCCCUCUCGACAUCGGAGAGCUGGAUUUGAGCCAGCUGACUGCCUCUCUGACCACUCCCUCUGGCCGAGAGGAGCCGUGCCUGCUGAAGAUGCUCCGCAAUGGACACGUGGGUAUCUCCUUUGUUCCUAAGGAGAUCGGUGAGCACCUGGUGAACAUCAAGAAGAACGGACGCCACAUUCCCAACAGCCCCAUCUCAGUCAUGAUCAACCAAUCAGAGAUCGGAGAUGCUAGCCGCGUGCGUGUGUCUGGACAGGGCUUGAGCGAGGCUCGCACGUUCGAGCCAGCGGAGUUCAUCAUUGACACUCGCGAUGCAGGUUAUGGUGGUCUCAGUCUGUCCAUUGAGGGUCCUAGUAAAGUGGACAUCAACACAGAGGACCUGGAGGACGGUACCUGCAAGGUCACCUAUUGCCCCACUGAGCCAGGAAAUUACAUCAUCAACAUUAAAUUCGCUGACCAGCACGUCCCAGGAAGUGCUUUCACUGUGAAGGUCACUGGAGAGGGCAGGAUGAAGGAGAGCAUCACCAGGAAGAGAAGAGCCGCCUCUGUGGCUAACGUAGGCAGCCAGUGUGACCUGAGUCUCAAAAUCCCAGAGAUCAGCAUAGCCGACAUGACCGCCCAGGUCACCAGUCCCUCCGGAAAGAUCCACAAGGCUGAGAUCAUGGAGGGCGAGAACAACACCUACUGUAUCCGCUUCGUGCCCACGGAGAUGGGCGUGCACACGGUCAGCGUCAAGUACCAGGGCCAGCACGUGCCCGGCAGUCCCUUCCAGUUCACCGUGGGGCCCCUGGGAGAGGGAGGCUCCCACAAGGUCCGCGCCGGAGGCCCUGGCCUGGAGCGGGCAGAGGCAGGAGUGCCAGCUGAAUUCAGUAUCUGGACCCGUGAGGCUGGCGCUGGUGGUCUGUCUAUUGCCGUUGAGGGCCCUAGCAAAGCUGAAAUUGCCUUUGAGGACCGCAAGGACGGAUCCAGCGGCGUCUCCUACGUUGUCCAAGAGCCAGGUGACUACGAGGUUUCUAUCCGCUUCAAUGAUGAGCACAUCCCCGACAGUCCCUUCGUGGUGCCAGUGGCCUCACCAUCCGACGAUGCCCGCCGUCUUACUGUUGCCAGUCUUCAGGAGUCGGGAUUAAAGGUGAACCAGCCGGCUUCGUUUGCGGUAAGCCUGAAUGGUGCAAAGGGUGUCAUCGACGCCAAGGUGCACAGCCCGUCUGGAGCGCUGGAGGAAUGCUGUGUCACGGAGAUUGAUGAAGACAAGUAUGCUGUACGAUUUAUUCCAAGGGAAAAUGGUCUUUACCUGAUUGAUGUGAAGUUCAAUGGCUCCCACAUCCCCGGAAGCCCCUUCAAGAUCCGGGUCGGAGAAACAGGCCAGGCUGGAGAUCCAGGAAUGGUAUCCGCAUAUGGCGCCGGACUAGAGGGCGGCACCACAGGAUCCCCAUGUGAGUUCAUUGUCAACACAAGUUCGGCUGGUCCUGGUGCUCUGGCUGUGACCAUUGACGGCCCCUCUAAGGUGAAGAUGGACUGUCAGGAGUGCCCAGAGGGCUACAAGGUCACCUACACCCCAAUGGCACCUGGGAACUAUUUGAUCUCAAUCAAAUAUGGUGGACCAUAUCACAUUGUUGGCAGCCCGUUCAAAGCGAAAAUCACUGGCUCUCGCCUGGUCAACAGCCACAGCAAUCACGAGACCUCGUCCGUGAUGGUGGACCCCGUUACCCGUAGCGUGACGUCCAGUCAGCAGGCGGCGCCAGGCUGGGCGUCGUCUGAUGCCAGUCGGGUGGUUGCCAAGGGCCUGGGUCUCACCAAAGCCUUUGUUGGCCAGAAGAACAGUUUCAGUGUGGACUGCAGCAAAGCAGGGAGGAAUAUGCUGUUGGUUGGAGUUGAUGGGCCUAAAGUACCAUGCGAGGAAAUCCUGGUGAAACACCUGGGAAACCGCCUCUACAAUGUCUCCUACCAGCUCAAAGAGAAGGGCGAGUACAUCCUGGUGGUCAAGUGGGGCGACGAGCACAUCCCAGGAAGCCCCUACCACUUCACUGUCUAAGGACCACCAACCCCAAGAUCCAGACCCAGUCUGCGAGCUGGAGGCCCAACCAAAGACUCCUGUUCCCCAACUACACACAUACACUGAACAUCCUCCCUGUUCCAUCCUCCAUAAUUUUUUGUGUCUUCUAUCCAUUUCAUUCCAUCUGUUUUAUUCAUAACCUUCCCAGCCAUACUAUGUGUCUCUAAUAGAGUGAUUUACAUUUUUAAAAAGCACCUUUGUUUACUGUAAGCCGACUGAAUUUCAGUAAUAACUUUUAGGUCAUUUUAAAAUGUCCGAGGUGGAUGCAGGUAGUUGUGUAGCUCUGGCUCCUUUUCCGGUGUUGGUUUACAUAGGUGUAUGUGUUACUGAUGCUGUCCCUAACACAACGUAGCUGCUACUAGUUUUGCCUGGUUUGUAGGACACUGCUGUUCUGAGCUUAACUGUAGAGGAUAACUGUAGCCUGUGGCAAGAGAAGGGGAUUACAUACCACACAUCUGGACUAACCAAGAUGUUUUGGUAAUUAUUUAGGGUGAACUGACACACUUCAAGCAGAACCGCCACACACUUUCAGUGCCUUUAUGACACCACUUUAACCAAACCUAACACUGGUGCAAAAGUAGCCUGUUUUGGGGGUUUGCCCUAUUUGUCCUCUGUGUUUUGAGUCUUUUUUUUUCUUUGAGGCUUAACAUUUCUACAUCAUCCUGCACUUGCAAACUGAGCGUUGUCUACACAUGUUGUUCAUAAAUGCAUUUCUCCUAUGCCAGCUGACAACUGGCUGACCUAGAGAUGGACCAAAGCACCAAAGUUGGUCUUUGUUGACUAAAAGGGAAGUUAGAAAAUUGGACUGAAGUUGACGUAGUGAUGCCGAUGUUUAAUAGUGAAAGUGAGGGAGGUUAUGCAAAGGUGUUUUUGCAAUAUCUAAAAUGAAUAAAUAAAAAUGAAUUGCUUUCUCAAAAUGCCACAUUUCCCCUCUCACUCCCCAUGCCUUCAAGUUCUUUCUUGUGCUACCUUGUUACUGUGUAAUCAGUAUUGCAAAAUAAUAAUAAAAAAUGUUUUAAAAAGAAAGCAACAUCGCAAUGUUUGUAAGUCUGAUACAAUAUUUUGAUACACAAUAAAAUUGUCUUAAAUAUU